AUGCUCGAGAUCCCUGACGUUCCUCUGUCUCUUGCCGGGCCGGCGGUGGUCACUACUCUCGCUUAUUUGAAUGCGAAGUACUCGCUCUUCUAUGAUCGCAUAUUGAUUAAGGUUCUUCUCAAGAUUGCCUUCAAUCUCCGGUCGGGCGAGCGUCGCGAUAAAGUCAACUUAUUCUACAAGCUCGAAGACCAGGCCUUGAACCCUAAAACAAAGGACCGGCCGUUUCUUGUCUACAACGGCCGCACCUGGACUUUCCGAGAGACUUACACUACGGCAUUGCAGUAUGGUGCCUGGCUCAAGAAUGUACAUGGCGUCAAGGCCAGGGAGGUUGUGGCCAUGGACUUCAUGAACUCGUCAACCUUCAUCUUCAUCUGGCUUGGUCUGUGGAGCAUCGGCGCCAUCCCCGCUUUUAUCAAUUACAACCUAUCGGGGAAGCCUUUGACGCAUUCCAUCUUGACCUCAUCCGCAAGGUUGCUGCUGGUGGACGAGGAGCUGCGCGCCCAGAUCCCUCCUGAACAGCUUGAGAACCUCGCCUCUCCAGAGUUUCGAGAAGGCAAAGGAUCUGUGGAUGUGAUUUUCUUCACACCUGAAGUGGAAUCGCAGAUCCUGCACAUGGAGCCUACUCGAGAGGACGACGAAGUCCGUGAUGGCAUCAGGAUGCGGGAUACAGCUCUGCUUAUCUAUACAAGUGGGACUACUGGUCUUCCCAAGCCUGCUAUUAUCGGCUGGAGAAAAGCUUGGAGUUCAGGUAUCAUGAUCACGAACUGGAUCGGUCUUCAGAGCACGGACCGAUAUUAUACAUCCAUGCCAUUAUACCACUCAUCGGCCUCUCUGCUGGCUGUCAUGCCGUGUCUUUGGGCUGGCUCCACGGCCCUUAUUGGCCGCAAAUUCUCUGCGCGCAACUUCUGGCAAGAGGUACGGGAAAGCGAUGCGACAAUCAUCCAAUACGUGGGUGAAACCCUGCGAUACCUCCUUGCUGUGCCUCCCUCUCUCGACCCGGUCACUGGGGAGGAUUUGGAUAAGAAGCAUAACCUUCGCCUGGCAGUUGGCAACGGCCUCCGUCCGGACAUCUGGAAUCGUGUGAAGCAGCGCUUCAAUAUCCCUACCAUCGCCGAGUUCUACGCAUCUACUGAGGGUACAUCGGGGUCAUGGAAUCUUUCUUCGAAUGAUUUCACCGCCGGGGCUAUUGGUCGGAAUGGAGGGUUCACUGGAUGGAUUCUCCGGCGCAGCGUAGUGGUUGUCAAGAUUGAUGAAGUCUCGCAGCAGCUCUGGCGCGACCCGAAGACUGGCUUCUGCAAAGCGAUGCCUCGAGGUGAGCCUGGAGAAUUGCUGUGGGCGGUGGACCCCACGGACCCCAAGGAGACCUUCACCGGAUAUUUCAACAACUCCAAGGCCUCGGAUAGCAAGCUCGUUCGGGAUGUUCUGCGCAAGGGCGACGCCUAUUUCCGGACUGGCGACCUAGUCCGCUGGGACAAAGAGGGCCGGUGGUACUUUAACGACCGUUUGGGCGAUACAUACCGCUGGAAGAGCGAGAACGUGUCGACUGCCGAGGUGUCCGAAGUGCUAGGUGGCCAUGCUGACGUGCACGAAGCGAAUGUUUACGGGGUGGCGCUUCCCCACCACGAUGGCCGGGCUGGUUGUGCGACGAUUCUUCUCCAACAGCAGACCCGUGCUGAGGAUCCUACCGCUCUGAUUCCUCCUUCCCAGGACACACUGAGCAGCUUGUCGGCGCAUGUUUUGAAGAACUUGCCGCGUUAUGCCGCCCCGCAGUUUCUGCGCAUCACGCGGGCUAUGCAGACGACAGGGAACAACAAGCAACAAAAGCGUGUUUUGCAGUCGCAAGGGGUGGAUCCGUCACUGGUUGCUGCAGACGACAGAUUGUACUGGCUGCAGGGCGGCCAGUACGUUCCAUUUGAGCGCAAUGAUUGGAGUCGAUUGCAGGCUGGGAAGGUAAAGCUGUGAGGGCGGAUGGCAGGAUAUGUGUUGGGCACAUUCCGGGGAUUCUCCAGAGUACAGUACAUAUCAAGGUAUACCAUGUCUAUAGUGUCUGCAAUUUUCAUAAAGUGUUCAAACAGUGGG